GUGUAUUUAAUUAUUGUCCUUCAGUUUUUUAUUUAACAGUAAGGUUUUGACAUUUUUUAUUAAUCUAAAAAUAAUUUAAUAAUAUAAAAAAUACAAUAUAACUAACAAUAAUAUUUACAAUCCGUAAAGAAUUUUACGAGUAGAGUUGAGACACUGAUUUGGCAAGGACAGAGUGUAAAAAUAACAAAUACAAAAAUGUCUCUAAUCUUUAGGUUAGCUGGACGUCAAGCUUGCAACCAAUUCCUUAAAAAUGAAAAAACAGGGCUACUAAAUUUCAUUAGGCCUGUAACACUCCAAGCCAAACCCGCUCAGCCCCCAGUAAAAGAAGGUCAUGAUGAACGUAACAUGAGACUUAAAAGGCCACAGUCUCCCCAUCUAACAAUCUAUGCCCCUCAACUCACCAGCAUGUUGUCAAUUUCUCACAGGGCUACAGGUAUGGUUUUGGGAGCAUACGCUGUAGGUUUAGGCAUGGGAGCCCUUGUGUUCCCAGAUGAUAUUCCAUGCUGGGUUGAAGCAUUAGAAUGCUAUAACCCUGCCCUGCUAACUUCAGUUAAAUUUAUGCUUAGUUUCCCUUUGACAUAUCAUUUCUGGAAUGGAAUUCGUCAUUUAAUCUGGGAUACUGGUAAAUUUUUAACAAUUAAAGAAGUUUAUCUCACUGGUUAUGCUAUGUUGGCCCUUGCUAUUUCGACCAGUAUUGCACUUACAGUAAUGUAACAAUUCUCCUCAUUUAUUAUUAUGUAAAUAUACCCACUUAAUUUAUAAUAAAAAGAAACGUGUAUUAUUUUAUGAUUUUAUUUAAAUAAACUUUAAAGGUU